CCGUAUGGCACAGCUGGUUACAUGCUGAUAGCUCAUCAAUGGACUUGGAAGCUAAAGAUGAAGAAGAGGAGAGUCUGCAAACAGCUUUCAAAAAGCUGAGAGUCGAUGCAGCAGGAUGUAUUGCAGCUCUGUCUGUGGGCGAUGGGACAAUUCUCAGAACGCGGAUACGAGCAGCCAUGGAUGGAGCCAAGCAACAGCCUGUCUGCUCAAAGGAAGCGUGGCAUGGGUGUGUGAGAAAGCCUUCCAGAGGAUCAGCAAGAGUCCCACGUCGCAGACGCUCCAAGUCUCCUGUCCUGCAUCCUCCCAAGUUUACGUAUUGCAAUAUGAAAGCCAACAACCAGCUGAAACACAAAACCCAGGCAGACACAUCAAAAAGUAGUGUCAGUUCGGACAUUUUUGUUACAGCAGAACACGGUACGAAGGACAGCCACGACUCUCACUUUGAGGCCAGUGAUGACAGAACUGAACCUUUGGAAGCUUUCACCGCCGAAGAGCCUUUGGAGAAGUCAAGAAAGAAUUACCCUCCUCUCUCCUCAUCCUUUGAAACUAGCUUGCAUUCUAGCCAAACCUCUGAUUUCCAGUCCUUAUCCAUGCUUAGCAACAUCAAGCAGUGCCCUUGUACGGACAAGAAAUGCCAGUGCAAACAGUGGCGAACCAUGGAAGUGUACUCUUUCUCUGGCUUACGGAGCGUCCUGUCAGAAUGCGAGAAGGCAGUCCUAGGAGUCCAUGCCCAGUCUCUUCAAAAUAGAUCCCCUUGCGGGACAGCCCCAUCAAGUUCUCCUAGAUCUUGUUCUGAGCAAGCUCGAGCCUUUGUGGAUGACGUCACUAUCGAAGAUCUUUCAGGAUACAUGGAAUACUACUUGUAUAUUCCCAAGAAAAUGUCUCACAUGGCAGAAAUGAUGUAUACUUGA